CGUCCCCCCUGUCCCUUCCUCUCUUCGUUCGUUCGUUCGUUCGUUCGUUCCCUCGUUCCCAGAGGAGCUAACGCCUUGCCGGGGUUAGUGACAAGUGAGUGGAGAAGUUUUGAGGAUUAGCCGUCGCGAUGGUGGGCGGCAGGCCGGGCAAAGCAGGUCUUUUUGAUGCCAGGAUCCAACGAGAAGGUUUGGAACAACCAAGCAGCCUCUCAGUUGAAGAGAAAGGGCUCUGAACGACGUCGACGACCUGUUGACUCUUGGAAGCUCUUUUAUCAGCGAAUGUCUAAUAUUGGUACACCUAACAAAGUGAAUGAGAAUGAAUGUGAUCCGAGGUGUGUUUGUGUUGGGGAGUCAAAACCAGUGCCCACGAAACAAAACCAAGGGUGCAAUUACAAAGGCUACCAUGAUCAGUAUCAGCACCCAAAUAAAACCUGCAUUCAUCAUCAUGAAAGCAAGAAUAGGCAAUCAGCAAGAAUCUGCGCCAGGCUUGACCAAAUUGAUCACAUAUAGUAAUAAUGAUAAGCUUUUGGGGAUUAGAUCCAAUGUGCAGAUGUCAUGAAGUGCCGUUCAUUUACCAAUGGCUAACCUUCAGCAGCCAGGUGCUUUCCUGGGAACCGGCAGUCUCGGGACGGGUGUCGGUUCCAUGAUGGGAGGGAGCCAUGCGCCAGUGGCCACGCCCUCCUCUAUGGGUGAUGACCAUUCAUCCAGUGGGACAAGUCCUAUGAUAGACCCCGGGAUCACUCCCUCACCGGAUCUUUCACAUUUAACCGUCGAGGAGAGAGCCAUUAUUUCGAACGUGAUGCAUCGACAUCAAAGUGAAGAGAGUAGAGAAGUCGAAUUUCUCAGGAGAAAGCAGAUGGAGGUUGUUUCACUCGAGAAUCAAAUUCGCGAAAAAACCGAGUUUCAGAAGAAAGCGGGAGUUGAGCUGAAUUCCACGUGUCAGAUCUGCUUGAAGACCAAGUUUGCGGAUGGGAUUGGUCACAAGUGCAAUUACUGUGGCGUGAGGUGUUGCGCCAGAUGUGGUGGAAAAGUUACCAUGAGGUCAAGAAUUACUUGGGUUUGUGUCCUCUGUCGCAAGAAGCAAGAGAUUCUGAUCAAAACCGGGACCUGGAUUGGCUCCGGGAAGACCCCAGGAUCAACUUGUGGCACGCCCGUUUCUUCCAGCGGGAGCUAUCGAGGUCCAAUUCGAGACCAAUCGGAUCCCAUAAUGCAGCGCAUCGAAGAUGACAUGCGUUUCCAACGCUUUGGCAGUGAAGCAAGUACCCCCAAAGCGUCUCAUUCGGCAGCAGUCACUCCGUCCGCAUCCUCAACGAUCUCCUCGCUGUUCUCUCGAGCUCUAUCCAUUGCAGGCACACCCACGCCCUCAUCGCCAAGUGGUCAAUCGCAAGGUCGCUCAAGGUCACAUUUGGAGAGGGGAUCAAGCUUAGAUAGGCCCCCAGGUGUUCAAGGAGAAGAAGUCUCAAAUAGGAUCUUGGGAUUCCUGUCCCCAAGAUUUGGAAACGGAAUGUGGCGACAACAAUCUUUAGAUGGUUCAAGUCCCCUUCAAGGUCCCUCCUACUUUGGUGGUCAUCAGACGCCCACUACACUGCCCACUACAUCCUCUCAUCAGCCAGCUUCUUCGGGGUCUUCAAUCCUGGGGUCAAUUCGGGUCCCGUCAUUAGUUAGACGAUUGUCAGAAGGCGGAGAAACAUGGGACAACUCGAGAUCCAGUCCACGACAACCGUUCGGGAAGAACAGAACCAAUUCUAAGGUGGCUUAUUCCAAUCCCAGGGGUCGUUUAGGGAUGUUCAGCCAGAGCGAUAACUUUCAAACGGCCCACUCUCCCCGUGUGAGUUCCUCGCCUACCCACUCCCAUGGGAAUUUCGCAGGUCAAGAAUCUUCAACCAACGUCAGUUCAUAUCUCCAGCCGCGUCUCACCUCAUAUGGGCACGAAUCCGUGUCGGCCCCCGAGGAUAUGGGUGGAAAAGAGAGCUACACUCGUGCUCAAAGAAUGUCUUCGGUUGAGCGUAGUACAUUUGCCCCCCGUGUGAUGGUCUCAGAUGGCGAAGCUAGGGAUAGGUGUCCACCUUUGUUCGAAGAAGAAGGAAGGACCGAUGUUCUCUCGGAUGGUCAAUACCAUCAUGGACCCUCUCUAUUGGAUGCACAUCCAAUCCCACGAAACACCACUCAGCGACGCAAAAUGGACCAUACUUUUCGCAACGACUCCCUUUCUAGUGAUCAAUCGGAAUGUGUGCGACCUCCUCCACCCAAACCCCAUCGGCACAAGCGUCGAACUCCCUCAUUCGACAAUCGUGUCCAACAUCAUCGAAGAGCAUCUUUUGUGUCCAGCUCAGAUGACGAAAUUCGUUCUACACCCGAGUACACGUCUUGCGGUGAAGAGGAAAUGGAGUCCGAAUCCAUCUCAGAGAAAGGCGAGCACGAAUCGUCCCAAGGUUCCAUCGUAGUUGGAGCCAGCCCAGGCAGCCAAGGAAGCUCGGGGAGAAAUGAGGAACAAAUUGAAGUCACGACCAAGACUUUGCCAUCGCAUCCAGUCUCAUGGCAUUCAGACGGAACUCGACUUAUGGGCCACAUGAUCCUACAAAAAUGCCUCAAGGAGGGUUUCGUUCCGUCCUCUAGUGCCACUUUGCUUGGGAUCAAGGUCAUCGGUGGAAAAUUUCUCACCGGAAAUCGCAUUGGUGCCGUAAUUGAAAAAGUCAAGAAGGGUAGCAUUGCGGAUUCGGUUGGAAGACUCUUGCCAGGGGAUGAGAUCCUUGAGUGGAAUGGUAGAGCCUUGACCAAUAAAACUUACGAUGAAGUGCACGAUGUGAUAGCCGAAUCUCGACAUGAUCCUCAAGUGGAACUACGGGUUUGUCGAUAUGUGGGUGGUGGGGCAGGACCGGGGCCCGGGCCAUUGACGAACCCCACCGACCUUGGGCGUCAACCCCAUCUCUCUGAUCCUUUGUCUGGUCGAUACUCAUCGGGGAGAGGACCUCUUUCUCGCUCCUCCGGCGGCGCACCGGGACGACCAUCUGUUACAAUCAGUGAUCCUUUGGGUGAUACCCAUAUGCUCAAUCCUCACUCCACAGGCCUCUCUUCAGCCUCUUCAAGUGCUACCAGGAUCCAGGUAAAAACUUGGCAUGAUGUGUCGCGUUCUGAGCUGAUUGUCACAGUUUUAUCGGCUGCGGAUUUGCCUCCCAGAGUCAAUGGCCAAUAUAGAAACCCGUAUGCCAAAAUCUACUUGCUACCUGAACGGAGCGAAAAGGCCAAGCGGCGAACCAAAACGGUUAUUAACACCUGCAAUCCUCAGUGGAGCCAGUCUUUCGUCUAUCCCUGCGUUUCGUCCUCAGAUCUCCAAUCUCGCGUUUUGGAGGUCACCGUCUGGGACUAUGAUCGCUUUGGAGCGAAUGAGUUUUUGGGGGAGGUCACCAUUGAAUUGGGCCAGACUCAAUCAGUCCACUCCGUAGAAGAGGAUCAGUGCGAGCCCAUGUGGCACACCUUGAACGUCUUCUUGCCACCUGAGGAGGGGAGAGGAAUGUACAUGGACCAAGAUCCAAGUCUUCUGGAGCCCCAUCAUCUCCGCCAACACAUCUCACCACCCAACAGCCUGGCUCGCCUUUCGGACUCGGAGAUUUCAGAUGUGGAUGAGAACGGUCUUCCUCGUGCCUUGCCCGGGCUAGUGGAGCCCUAUCCAUAUGGAGGGGCCAAUUCUUCAUCCAUGAUGGGACCACCCAGCCGAAGGAGGCUUGCUGGAUCCGCUUCCAUGAUGGGACCUUCCACUGCCACUCCCACAGGCUCGCCUCACAAGCGACGCCUUCCACAGAUACCACCGUUGAGAGACCGAGGUUCAUUGCCUCCAGGGUCAAAUCCCCAUGAUUUUGAAAGAAAUCGCCCCGUCAGAUCAGGACCAAUAGGAAACGGAGCAUCCUACGACAGUGCAAUGCCGCCAUCCGAUCCCCACCGACAUCGUAUGGGAAAUGGCCGAGGACAACCCGGUCGAAGUCGGACUUACGGGGGUUAUAGUGAUCACGAAUAUGAUCCCAAUAUGGGACACAUGGAUUACAAUCCGAAUCACCAUGGUUCACAGCAUCCUCCCGGUACCUUUCCAAACCGCUCAGGUGGGUCAGGCAUGAACCAGUCUGGUCCACCACUUCCAAUGCGAGGUCCAAACAUGGGCGCUGCUGGUGUUCCAUCCUCGCGUCGUGGGCCCAUCGACCAUUCGGGCCACCCCGUCGAAUAUGGGGACAGUGAUAUAGAAAGUGUAGUUAGUGGAACGAGUGCCUUCUCUAGUCAUUCUGCUCCUCACUCCAGGAGCAGACGCAUGGGUGCAUCCGCCCAUGAUGGCUCAACGUUUAGACCUGAUGUGCACGGACGGUCCGAACGAGGAGUUGCUUUCACAAUUGGAGGAGAAGACAAAGCAGAUGGUAGUCUGAGUGAUACCGCACUCACAUCCAUGGAUGCACUCGAGCGCCAACGAAACCAAAGACAAGAUCCCCGCGGACUAAGAGCAGGAGCAGGGGCCAGUCCAAGUGGGGGCGGUGGUGGUGGAGCAGGCGGAACCAGUGGGGUUGGGGGUAACAAUGGUGCUGGACCCGGUGUAGGCAUGGGCAAGAAAUCUAGCUCAACAUCCCAACUAUCAGCUGCGGAUUGGUUGCGUGGGAAUCGACGACCCACCGGAGUCCAGCGCAGUUCCGAGGUCCUCCCUCCGCAAGCGACAAAAACUUUAGUAAAACAGAACUCCAAGGAUUCCAAUGACGGAUCCGUCAGUUCUGAGGGUUCCAAUUGGUUGACCUCGUCUGCCAGACUGGGUUCGGAAGGCCAAUUGUCAGAAUUCAUUGAGGGCUUGGGGCCUGGGCAACUCGUGGGUCGUCAGGUCUUGGCCUCGCCAGCCUUAGGCGACAUUCAACUCAGCAUGUGUGAUCGGAGGGGACACCUGGAGGUGGAAGUCAUUCGGGCGCGAGGACUUCAAUGCAAACCCGGCUCGAAAACUCUGCCCGCCCCUUGGGUGAAAGUGUACCUUGUAAGUGGGAAGCGUUGCUUGGCCAAAGCCAAGACCACCACGGCAAGACGAACCCUGGAUCCUCUCUAUCAACAACAGCUCGUCUUCCACGAGAAGUAUCAGGGGUGUGUCCUCCAGGUAACCAUUUGGGGUGACUACGGUCGGAUGGAGGGCAAGAAU